AUGAACCCAGACCGUCGCUAUGGCAAGAACAAGGGCGGAAGCAAAGCUGCAACACACUCUGUGGAUGCCUUCUUGGCCAUGCUAUAUGAAGGUUUGUGCGACGUGGGAGAGCUGCAGGCCAAGACGACGAUGAUUGGGACCUGGCUUCGGAUUGCGAGGUACCCCACCUUUGCCAAAGUGUACAAGACCCGCUGGGCAGAUGUGCUCAAGUUCAGAGACAAGAGCCUGUUCACUCAAUGCGAGCUGUGCUUCCAGUUCAAACAACAGCUGGCCUGCAAGAGCGCAAGCAUGGAGGUCAAGUUGGGAACCCUUUGCAAGUACAGGGAACACCUUGAAUCUCAGUACCGUGACCGCGUCGCAUGCUGGACCCUGCAAGAAGCUGCGGCAGAUCCCAAGAACCAAGUGCUGGUUUUCCAACUUGAUGGGUGUGAUCAGGGCAAGUUUCGCUUGCCAAGAGAUCCAGCCUUGAAGGCCACUGCAGCUUUGGCCAAGUACAACAGGCCCAGGUUGACCCUUCACGGAGUCUGGGCCUUUGGGCGAACCUUGCAGCUGCGGGUCCUUGAUGAGCCAACUCGUCAUGACAGCAGUUGCAUUGUCGAGGCGAUCGCUCACACGCUGGAGGAGGUCUUCGCCGAGGUGGAGAGGACACAACAGCCUCGGCCAACAAGCCUCGUGCUGAUGGGCGAUAAUACUGUGCGUGAACUGAAAAAUCAAUUUUGUUUCUUGUACGGCGCCAACCUACUCGCUCGGAACAAGCUCCGCCAUAUAUCCUUCCUUUUCAUGAGAAAGUCUCAUACGCACGAUCGCGUAGAUCAGCUUUGGGGAAUCAUCAGCCGGAGGAUUGCCAACACGGAUGUGCUUUUGAAUUCCCAAGACACCAUCAAUACCAUGCUGGACGAGCUCGCCCGCCCAGGUCUUCGCAACUGGGUGAACUGCCGCGCAAGUGUCACGAAGCUUGACGUUUGCCACUGGCAACCACAGGGAGUGAAGCUGGAAGGGGGCUUGCUAGAGGACUCUGGCGCCAACCAUAGUUUCACGCUGCUCCUGCGCAAAGGCACAGGGUUGAAUCUGAAGUAA